AGUGAGCAUAAUUUCGAAUAAAGCAACUUCCGAGUAAUAUAUAAAUAUAAUAAGUGAAAGAAAUGGCUUAUUGGACAGUUGUACCGAUGCUAAGGAGGGACUUAAAUUAUUUCGACCGUCAGAGAGAUAUGUUAUCUGACUGGUUAAGUUUGUUCGAAAACCACUGGCGAGUUAUGGAACCGGAGGACGCCGCUAAACGAUUCGAAGGUGAAUUGGAACGCACGAAAAAAGGACUCUUGCAUUUAAAUUCUCAGGAGCUAGAUAUCGACGUCGCCGAGCCGUUUGUAACGGACCCUGAAGGCACACGGAAGUUGUCACUGCGAUUCGAUUGUAGUGAAUUUGAUCCUAGUGAGUUACGGGUGGCGACUAAGGGCAAUGUUUUGUCUAUUCACGCGAAACAUGUAGAAGACACACCUGGAAAGAAACUACGUGUGGAAUUUACUAAAAAUUACACGCUCCCACCGAACGUGGAUCCUAUGGCAUUGAAGUCGACCCUUUCAUCAGACGGCGUGUUACAAAUUGAAGCCCCGGCACCCCCGGCCGUGCAAGCGCCUCGGGAAAACUUGAUCCCCAUCGAGCGUCUAGACAGACAGGAGUCGAUUCCCAUGGCGGACGGCGCAACGGCCGACGGCUCACCGGAUGCUGAGAUGCAGGAGAAGAAAUAGUGUGCAGACCAAGCAAUAUUUCACGGUGACAAUUAUUGAACUAUUCUUCGUUGUUGUAUGUGCUAGUACUUUUUUUCAUUUUCAUGUAAUUCAUCAUAAAUUCAUAAUAUUAUAAAGCAUAAUUUUGAAAUCCUGUAUUAUAUCAUAUUGCUUGUUCAUGUAUGUAAUGGUUUAACUCUGUGAUGAAUGAGUACUAUUAUAUUUUGUUCCGACAUGUUACAUGAUAUGUUUGUGUUAUAAUAUUUGUUUGAAUAAAGAUGAGCUUGUAAUGUUUAAAGUAAAACAAAUAUGUGGGUCUAUUCUGGAUAUAAAUAGUACUUGUACACAUAAGUAUGGAAGUUAAUGUUAACAACUGUGCCAUUAACUUGUCAAAUGAGCUGUUCAUCAUUUCUAAUUAUUGUCAAAUGAUAAAUUUUUGCAAUAAAUUAUUUCAAAAACAAG